AUGGUGUCCAUGGACGACGAAUCCGCGAGCAUGGACGGCAAAGUCUCCCCUGUCCUUGCAGAAGGCAGACUAGCAUCCAGGAAGGAGCAGUCCAUGACUCUCUGGCAGGCUCUGCGGCUAUACCCAAAAGCCGUUGGCUGGUCAGUCCUCCUUUCGUCCACUCUGAUCAUGGAAGGGUACGAUCUCGCAUUGUUGAGCUCAAUGUACGCAUCACCCGCGUUCAACCAGAAGUUCGGAGAACAGACUGCCUCGGGGAAAUGGGCUGUUCCGGCAUCUUGGCAAUCCGGCCUUUCUAAUGGGGCACGCUGUGGUGAAGUCAUUGGGCUUCUGAUCAAUGGUCUGGUCUCUGAGCGCCUGGGAUAUCGAAAGACCAUGGUCUGUGCCUUGACCACCAUCACAGCAGUCAUUUUUCUGUUUUUCUUCGCAGUCAAUAUUCAGAUGUUGCUGGCCGCCGAGAUUCUCGCGGGUAUCCCUUGGGGUAUCUUCCAGACUUUGCCAGCCGCAUACGCCUCCGAGGUUUGUCCGGUAGUCCUGCGACCUUAUCUGACCACUUUCAUCAAUAUGUGUUGGGUAUUUGGGCAGUUCGUGGCUAUUGGCGUCAACCGCGGUUCUAUUUCUCGCGAUGAUCAAUGGGCCUGGCGCAUUCCUUUCGGUGUGCAAUGGGUGUGGCCAAUCCCAAUCAUUAUCGGCUGUCUUUUCGCACCUGAAUCCCCUUGGUGGCAUGUGCGUCGGGGUAAUGUGCAAGGAGCCCGACGAGCGUUGCAGCGGUUGACAUCGUCCAAUGACCCCAACUUUGACCCCGAAGAGACGAUUGCUAUGAUUCAACACACCAAUGAGUUGGAGAAAUCACUUUCCAGUGGGACCACAUAUUGGGAUUGCUUCAAGGGAACAAAUCUUCGACGGACUGAGGUAGUUUGUCUUGUCUGGUUAGUGCAGACCCUAUGUGGCCAGAAUUUGAUGGGUUAUUUCGCCUAUUUCUGUGUCCAAGCAGGACUGCCUACCGUUCAAUCUUUCAAUCUAUCCCUGGGACAAUACGGCCUCGGCGUUUUAGGCACAAUUGGAUCGUGGUUCCUAAUGUCCUACGCGGGCCGACGAACUAUCCACAUCUCCGGUCUCGCCAGUCUUUUCGUCCUUCUGGUCAUCACGGGAUCUCUUUCUUUUGCACCGGGAGACAACAACGCAGCUAAAUGGGCAAUCGGCGUGAUGCUAAUCAUUUUCACAUUCUGUUAUGACAUCAGCGUCGGCCCUGUCACAUACUCUCUAGUCUCAGAACUAUCUUCCACUCGUCUCAAAGCAAAGACGAUCGUCCUCGCCCGGUGUCUAUACAAUAUCAGUAACAUUGUCGUCAAUGUCCUGACCAACUAUCAGCUUAACUCCACAGCCUGGAACUGGGGUGCUCGGUGUGCCUAUUUCUGGGCUGGUACGUGUCUAGCCUCCCUGGUCUGGGCAUUCUUCCGGCUCCCCGAGCCAAAAGGACGCACAUAUGAGGAGUUGGAUUUGCUCUUCGAGCGCGGAGUUCCGGCGAGGAAAUUCGCGACCACCGUUGUUGAUCCAUAUGAAGGAGAGGCGACAGAGGUCCAUGAGGCUCAUGCGGAUAAAGAUUGA